UCAAAAUGGCGCGCGAAGAACUCUAUUCGGCCAUCCGAUCUCCACCCCUGGUAUAAAUAGUGGAGUACGAAGGACGAACCUCAAAGAUCAAAUACCGCUUUGAGUUCCUCCAGUCGCAGAGAGAAUUCAAAUUUCAACGAAACGCAAUGCAGCGAGGCAAAGGCACGAACGCAAAGAUGAAGAAGAAAGUAGUAGAGGAUUCAAGCCCGGAUUUCGAGAUUUCUCCUCUAGCUCUUCAGUUAUCGGGCGAUUGUGCCAAGCAUUUUGGUUUCAAUCUUCAGAGUUUCCAGUCUAAGAAGAGGAGCAAGAAGAAAACUGCAGCUCCAAGGUCUGCUACGGUUCAACUGAAUGGAUCUCCUCAGAAAAUCCUGACGGAUGUGUCACAUGUGAAGAAUCUCGCCUUCUCUCGUGCCGAUGCCAUCAAGCGGGAACUUGACCUCUACAAUUUGGAGAUUCUUAAGGAAAUUGGAGCUUCUCAUUCGAGACUUUCUAAAAGAUUCAAGACACAGAUAGAGGCAUGCCAACAGCUAAUGGAUGAAUCUGAGAAGGAAUUUAAGAAGAUGUGUGAUUGGAUUUCUGAAACUAUGGAAGCAAUGAAGGCUUCUUUUGAGGAACUUAUCACGGAAGCACAGGGCACUGCCUCUUAUGAUCAUGAAGAAUGCAAACCCAAACAUCUUAAAGAGUCCAUUAAGGGAGUCAAGCAAGAUUCAGUGAACCAAAAGUCAAUUCCUGAUCUUAAGAAAUCCCUGGAAAAAGCCAUUGAAGCACUACGAAGUGGUUACUCAAUCACAUAACACUAGGGAAGGUUUUCAACUGUGUUCUGCUCCGACAACAAAAAAUUUCACAAGGCUGCAGAAGACCAUAUACUGCCAAUUCCAGAUAUAAUUGAAGAAAGAGUUUUAGUUCAUUCAUCGAUUGAAUUGCAUUCCAUGGUAGCCUGGUAGGAGUAUUUUUCGUUUGGCUUUGUAUAUCGAUUGUCAUUACUUGGCCCUCUGCCACCACACUAUACAUAUGGGGAUGUACCACUGAUUCUACUUUGUGGCUCUGCCAACAGCAUUGUUUGGUGAAUCAUUUGUGAAAUCCUUAUAAAUAGAAGAUGGCAGUCUUGCUCCCUAACAGGUAUCGCAUUAACUAACUGAACUGGUUAAGAACUCCUGCACCCCACCAAACCCCCCCCCCCCCCCAAAAAAAAAAAAAAGAAGAAGAAAAAAAGACACACAUACACCUGGUAUGGAUAAGAAAUGCCCAUGGUCAUAUGCUUGUGCCCGGCUUCUUGGGACUCAAUAGACAUUUGAAGAGGCACCUUUUUUCUCUUUUAGUUUUUAAAAUUCAAAAUUUUGCCUUUUUCUCACUUCAAAUACUUAUUAUCUAAUAGCUCAACCCUUAAUCCUAUCCUUCUAAUUUAGCCCAAAUUUCUUCCAUUAUCUAGAUAUUGACAUGAAUUUGGUUUUUAAGAUAUAUGUUUCACUUCAUGGCCAUAUUUGAUUUUCAUGUGGUUCAAUGUGACCAUAAGAUUGUAGGUAAAUGACAAGAGUCUGAAUGGGUCUUGUCCAGGAAAGGCAGAAUAAGAAGUCUGAACCUCUUUGCAUGAGACAUUGUUCCUGAUCUUGAGUUUUUGACCUACUCCACCAUUGGUACACGAUCAAGAAAUAGUAGUCGGGUGUGUGGGUUCAGCAUUUUUCACAUAGUUUAGAAAUCUGGACAGAAUAACAAACUGGAAAGUGGACUGAUUCUUUGUUUAGGUGAAGAUAAUGAAAACCAGAGAAGGCUUAAGGAAAAACAAUCAACCUAGUUUCAGCUUAUUUGACCAACCAGUCUAAUCUUUUCUUUAGAACUGAGAAACACUAGGAAUAGAUAAGGAUAUGAAACUCUAUGUGUUGAAUUGGAGGUAGAUUAUAAACCCUUUAUUUUCAUGAAGUGUAGCAUAUACACAGCAGUUGCAAACUUGCAGGAUUAUAUAAAAGCCCCAUUUCUGUAGACAAGACUGGUUUAGUUGAUCAAACCAUAGUUCUAAAAGUACUUGAACAACAAUAAGGCAGGUCUAUGAACACUAUGAACCCCAUCUCUCCCUAGUUCAUGGGUUUUGAAUUGGGCAAUAAUAACAUCACCCAUGAGCAUUAGCUCACCUGAUCAAAUCACAUGGAGGAAUGAUACAUAGGGGUUCUAACUCCAUCUAUCCAAACAUAACCUGAAGCUGAUUGAAAUUACACAGUUUUUCUGUACUUUUCAACUUGGGUAUGUUCCCCCUCUAUGAUUUCAUAAUUUGCUUCAGUUAUUAAAAAUCACUCAUGCAUUCACUAUAUAAUGCACAUAAAAACCAUAUUGAUGUUGAGACCAUAGUAGCAGGGACUAGAGUGCUUUAUCUUGCUUAGCUUCACUAGGGAAAGAACCCAACUAAUCCCUUAGGCUACGUUUGUUUGCAAGGGGAAUGCAAAUUUUUGAUGUAAAGUGAAAUUUUUUUCCUAGGGGAAAUAAAUUUAGAUGUUUGAUUGCAAGAGAAAUAUAUUUUACAUGUGAAAAAAAUUUCACUUAUACAUUGAAAUUUCCCUUUUAUUUCCAAACCAAAAUAGGAAGAAGAAUAAAAACCCACUCUCACGAUCUCUUUCUCUCUCACCCUGCCCUGCUCGCGACUCACUUUCCAUGGCCUAGUAGGAGAGUCAAAACCUCUCUGGUUCCAUUAGGUUUAGGAGGGAAGAAAGAGAUCUGAGAGAGUGACAAUUGGAGAUGACUCCAUGAUAGCUUCUCAACGUUCUUCUUUCUGACUCCUACUGUGAAGACUCGCUUCAGUUCUUUAGUCCUCAACAAGCACAUAACACAGAUUUGAAUUUGUUUUCGAGUUGGGAGGAUUUUUACGGCCAAAAUUUCUCUUCAUUCUCGUCAGAUAAGGAACCUUUAAAUAUCAGGUUUGAUUUCUUUCUCCAUUUUUUUCCAUUUCAUUUUGUUCGCUUCACUUCCUUAGUCCCCAACGAGCACAGAACUCCCCUCAAUUGCUUGAUGAAAUGUGUCAUAGAGAUAUUAUAUCUUGGAAUAUUGUAUUUACUAGCUUAUUUCUAGAUGAGAAUGCUGGAGAAGUUGGAAGCUCGUUCUCUAGAAUGCAGUCAUCUGGUUUGAAACCGAACCAUGUUACUUUCUCAAUUAUGUUUAGGCUAUGUGGGGCUGUUAAAUGUUUGUGCUUGGACUUCAGUUUUAUUUUGCCGCUUAUCAUCUUGGGUUCUAUAAUGAAGCCCUCAUUGUAAACUCCCUAAUCAAUAUGUUCUCUCAUGGGGGGAAUUAGGCAGAUAAUCAAUUGGACAACAGUGUUUACCAUUGCCAUUGCUGCACCAACUCAUACAACUAGCAUACAUCUACUAAUUGUGCAGACCUGUAAAUAGUGUUCUAUUAAUUGCCUGUAAGAAACCUAUAACGACCCUAUUUAGUCUUGUACAUACAACCCGGCCAGAAAAGUGGUGGUGAAGCUAGAACCUAGAAGCUAUAGCAGAAGAGCAAGAGAUUCUAAUCUUGGGACUUUGGGACCAUUAACUGAACACUUUGUUCCAUAGAUACAGGAAAAAUGAGGAUUCCAAUUCUGAUACAUUGAUUUAUGAAAUGAAAGGUUAGAUGGGAGGACUUACAGGAAAUGUAAAGGUGGAAAUGGAAUCCAGUACCCACCUUGGCAAGUCACAGGAAGUUGGUUUCCAUGUGUAUUUGAGAUAGAAUUUAUCUGGGCAUCCAUUCUUCUGGCAACCAAAUUCUUUGAUAAUGAAGGGGGCAGCUUGAAGUGUCGUAGAAAGGUGGUGAUGAAGCUGUAGUCACCCAACUCCCUUGGUAUAUGUUGCAGCUGCUUGAUGCUAAUGCUGCGUUUAUGUUUCUAAAAUCCUCAUCUGAUUCUGGUUUUGCAGUGGAAAGGUGAAGAGAUGGUGAUAUACAAUAUGGAAAGGCCAAAUAAGAGAAAUAGUUCUGAAGCCCAAUUCUCAUCUCCCUCAGUUGUGCACUAGAAGAGUUAUGAUUUAUUUCUCAAUGCCUUUGGUGUAAACAAUCUUUGUAUUUAUACCUCUAAAAUAACUAUAUUAUAGAUUAGCUAACCAAGUGAGAUAACCAGUGAUACUUGUAAUGAAAUGAUCAAUGGGUAUAACUCAAAUUGCUGUACACAAGAAGCACAAAAAUAUUUUUGACCCAUGUGUGAAAUUGACCAUGGAACAGUAGCCCAAGAACAUCUCCCCCUUUGACAAACUAGUGUUGUGUAAUGCCCUUGCCAUUUCUCCUCUGUGUACCCCUUUGUUGUAUCUUGUUUGGUCAUGAAGGCUAUUUUUUGCAAAAGAACCAUGCAUUACCAACAGAGAUUAUUAUGAAUGAUCAUAUGCCAUUAGUUUGAGUA